AUAUACCACAUUCAGAAGGCAUGCACAGACUUAUUUGGAGCCAGCAGUGAUCCACAAAUGGCAUCAGUUUCAGGAAGAAGAAUUGCAGUUUCUGAGCCAGAGAAAGGUUAAAAUUGGUGGAGAUAUGAGGGCAGACUCACCAGGUCAUUGCGCAAAGUAUGGCAGCUAUUCCUUGAUGAACCUGGAGAACAACAACAUUAUUGACGUACAACUUGUCCAGAGCAAUGAGGUUGGAGGUAGUCACAAUAUGGAGAAGGAGGGUCUGAAAAGAAGCCUUGAACUUCUGGAGUCGAAGGGUGUGGCAGUGGACUACAUCGUCACUGACCGCCAUCCCCAGAUACAAAGGUUUCUUCGGGAUCGCAAUCUGAAGCACAUGACGUCUUGCAAAGGAUUUUUUGUUUUUGUUUGUUCAUUAGGUCUGUCUGAGAAAUUGGACAAGGUGUCGAAAGAGAAGGACUGUGACAUUGUUAAGAGGUGGCGGCGUGGCAUCAGCAACCAUGUCUACUGGGCAGCAACAUCAUCAUCCACCUUGGCUGAAAAGGUGGCUAAAUGGACCUCAUUAAUUAACCACAUUCAGAACAUACACAGCCACGACAACCCAGCUUUCCCCAAAUGCCUCCACCCUGUUCGCCGAACAAGAGAUCGUAAAAAGUGGUUUCAGCCAGGCACCAAAGCCCUCUAUAAAGUGGAAAAAAUCCUUACAAACAAGAGGGUCCUGACUGACGUGGAAAAGCUGAGCUCAAAGUACCAGACCUCAACACUGGAAGCCUUCCACAGUGUUAUUUUGUGUUUUACACCGAAAAAUGUGGUUUUCCCUUUUAUUGGGAUGUUGUGCAGACUGUACCUGGCAGCCAUGCAUUUUAAUGAGAAUGCUGGCCGUUCCCAAGCGAAGACAAACUCAGGAAGACUGAGGUACAAACUCAGUUUCCCAAAAGCAAAAAAAGGAGCGGCUACGGUGAAAGCAGUAAAAACACAACCAACAUACUGCUAUACCCUCAGCCUGAUGCAUCUCCUCUUUGAAGAGGUAGUCCCUAACCCUACUUGGAGGAAAGUCAGAAGAUUCCUGUGCCCAGUUCCCUAUCGUCCCAACACGAACAUCCACCCUUAGAAGACGCUAUUGCGGCCUAUGUAUCUCGCUUUAGAGUGGAGGAGGUUUAAAUCAAACAUAUUGGCCUUCCGCUUCAGGGAACUCCCUGCGUAUGUGUUGGACCACACAAGAGGGGAUGACGACACGCAUCUUCCUGCCAAGAUAUCCCCAGCACCAGCUGACAAAUGACCUGUAGGCCAAGUACCUGCAACAGCUGUCAAAAAGCGGAGGACAUUGUUGUUUAUGUAUAUAUGGCCAAGGCUGAACUGUAUAUAGUGUGUGAGUUAUGUUUUGUCACGUGUAAAUAGAAUAAAAAAUGAUCAUUA